AGAGAGCCGUUAACGCAGCUGGCUGUCCUCGAAGAAGAAGAACCACACUGCGCAUGCGCUUGGCAGACUGUCAGUAAAAAUAUGGCUACACCAAACUCCAUUUAAGUUUCUGUUGAUUUUACAGCAUGGCUCUCGUUCCGUACGUAGACAAUCCUCUACCCGCGCUUUCCAAACUCCACAAUUCAUCAGCGCAGUUUCGGUUCGCCAACCGCGACCUCCACCUCAGCCAGGACUGGAAACAGCUCGGGGUGGCUGCAGUCGUGUGGGAUGCAGCGGUGGUCAUGUGCAUGUACCUGGAGGUGGGGAAGGUGGAGGUGAAGGGGAGGCAGGUGAUUGAACUGGGAGCUGGGACUGGACUGGUGGGCAUCGUAGCAGCUCUGCUGGGAGCCAGAGUGACCAUCACCGACCGACAGCCUGCUCUGGACUUCCUCUCCGCCAACGUGAAGGCGAACCUGCCCCCGGACUCCCAGGGCUCGGUGGUGGUGUCUGAGCUGACCUGGGGCGAGGGCCUGGAGCGUUACCCGGCGGGGGGAUUCGAUGUGGUGCUAGGGGCCGACAUCGUUUACCUGGAGGACACCUUUGUGCCGCUGCUGCGGACUCUGGAGCACCUGUGCUCGGACUCCACCGUGGUGCUGCUGGCCUGUAAGAUCCGGUACAAGCGGGAUACAGACUUUUUAGACAUGCUGAAGCAGCCAUUCAGGGUUGAAGAGGUCCACUACGACAAAGAACGGGACAUCCACAUGUAUAAAUGUUGGAAACUGCCUCCAAAGAGGGACUUGUGACAGCCUUCCUUUUUAUAAUUAACUUUUUUUUUGUAUAAGAAUCAAAUAAAAAUCAUCAAAGAUUACCAGAAACACAUUUAUUAACAGCUGCCAAAAAUGUAAUAUUUCAAUAGCUCUAACAUAAUGCACUGUUUUAUACAGGUCGGUGCUGACAUUUAGAAAUUGUGAAUACAAAAUUAAUGAAAAGCAACAUAAAAAAAAAGCAUACUAUGUCAUGAUGAUACAUUUUACCUAAAAUACAACAAUAUGGCAUUCCGUUGUCUUAAAAAAUAUCCGAUUUGUUCUCGUCAGUCGUUUGUCUGGUUGGAUUUGGUCGCACGUGUUUGAUUGGUGCACUCGAGUCGUACGUGGUGAGAUUUGACGCUCCACACAACCGAUGAAGUCCAACUAAAUACAUGACGAUGCCUUGAUAAUCAAUAAGCAACAAAACACUGGUGGACACUAAAUAAUCAAUGCUUUAGCAGGGUUGCUUUCAAGUACAGGAGGUUGUGUCGCUUAUUAGAGUUUCCUGUUGAAUGAAGUGAAAUGUGGUGGGAUUGUAUAUGCAGGGAAAAGUGCGCAUGCCACUUUGUUUGUGAACAGAGUUUGGAGACGGCGCUCUGCUGGCGCCUGGUACCGACUGCAAGAAUCAUCCUUUUUUUCCCUCUUAUUUUACACAGAAAUAAUUCAAACUUUAGCAGUAACAAAUACAUGUUCAACAACAGCGUGACACACCAGCGAGGAAUCCACGAUUCCAGAGAGGCGUCUCCAAAGUCUGUUCAGAAAUAUGCAGACAGGGUUUUUUUCUUUUCAUCGCAAAACAAGCCAGGCUCAUUAUUUUUGGGUUUUUUGUUCAAAAAGGAAUCCAUGAAUUCAUAAAACAAAUUUAAAAAUGUGUUUAAAAAUCCAAAAAUAAGAGAAAAAACAUUUUAAAAUAGCAUUUUUAGGGGCAAACACUGGUUUAACUACCUUGUUUUUGUUCAUCUGCAUCUAAUCCAAACACCUUUUAUCACAUGAAGCCGACAGUUUUACACCACAACAGUAGUUUUGGUUCAACACUGGUAGAAACCAAAAACAAUGAGCCUUCCUACUAUGACUGGGAACAUGCACCAGAGACCCAAUAAACUCUUCAAGAGUUCUGUAACCAGAAAUGUUCCGCUUGAGAGGUUUAACCAAGUCGAUUAAUGUGUUUUUCUUAAAGCUGCAUUUAACAUGACAACCAUUUUACAACCCAACAGAGUGGAUUAGCUUCUCUUUUUUUGUUCAUGUCUUAUCAAGGCCAAAAAGUGAAAAA